AUGCAGGCUUACCAAGAGCUGGCAGGACCUUGCCUGGAAAAGGAAGAAUACACUGUCUUCAGCCAAGCUCACCUAAUAUCCACUGGCCUUUUAGCAAAAGGUUUAAAUUCCAGCUGUACAAGCCCCCAUUCUCAGAGUCCACUCCUGGGAUUUAAAAGGGCUACACCAGUCAGUGCUGUAAGUCCCCAAGAAGUCUCAAGGGAGGGAUCUAGGGUAGAAAGCGGGAGACUCAAUUCUUUUCUCUGGGUCCAGGGACAGAGCCCUGACUUCCCCGUAGACCAYAGCGCCUCCAGCCUAGGGAAAGGGUCGGUAGGGGGUGGUAAGGUUCUUGGUUUACUCACGCCGGGCACCCACCGGCUCUUCCCACUAUACAGUGGCCUCUCUUCGGACACGCUCGGGAAAACCAAAUUAAGAAAUGCUCCCGAUCAGACGAGAAAUUGCACGCUAGCAUUGCAUGCAUCAAGAGGUGGCCGCCUUCUUGGGAACUGCCCGCAGAGCCCCAGAGCGUUUCCUCCACGCUGCCUGCCAUGUGAGGCGCGUUUCCUCCACGCUGCCUGCCAUGUGAGGCGCCGCCCAAGCUUCCUUGAGGACGCCCGGCCAAGGCUCAAAAAAAAACUGCCCACGACCUUCCUGUGCCUGUUGCGCAACACUCCCAGGGAGGGGGGACACCAAGUGUCCCUGCAGACCAGCAACUGGAUUCACCUUGGAAAAGGGUCUGAGUGCUCUGUGAAACCGUAUUGGAUGUUCGAAGUUUUGUUGUAUGAUCUCCGCUAGUGUCAUUACCAGUGUGUGGGAAUAGAAAAUUACAAGAAUAAUACYAAGAGAUUAAUACUGAUAUGACAGCAUAAAGAGCUGACCCACCCUAAGUGAAACUAGUGAAAAUUAUGGCCCUAAAGGCAAAUAGCAAAUAAACAUCAAUCUAAAAAAAUUAUAUGAAAAUUUUUCCAUGAAAAAGUCCUGGACUGUGGUACCAAGUCUGUCUGCAUGAAUCAAUACUGUCCUUCCCCCUCUCAUUUUGCAAGACAGAUUCCAGACUGCUGCAACCCAAACCACAAAGCUUCCCGGUAGCACUCAUCAGAGGAACAGGAUGUCAGCAUUCUUAUUCCUUUUCUUUUCCUAGCCACAUGAUGCUGAGGCUAAGUCAUGGGUUAGACUAAGUGUGGAUUAGAGAUAAGGGAUUCCCUUCCAUCCAGCUGCAAUUCAUGGAACAGAUGCUCCACCUUGGGCUGGAGUGCUAAGAUAUUGGAAUUCUGAUUACCUUUAACCCAGCUCCUCAAAUGGUACUCACAUGAAGAGAGAAGCUGKGAGGACUUCAGCCUGCUGCCCUUUGUCCACCUAAGCUCUUGGACCACAAACAUGACUCUAAGAGAAGCUUGCUAUUUUCUAACCCCAGAUCCAGAGACUUGGCUCAAAGAUUGUGCUUGGGGGUUAAGCAAUCCAUAAAACAGCCCUUUAUCUCUUCCCUAAAGAAUGACUUCAUUUGCAUCAGAACAUGGAAAAGUUCAAGCCAAAAAGUGAUCUAGCAGAGGUUAUAAUAAUAGAUAAUUGGGAAGAGAUUCAAGAUACAGUAGGCUCUCUAUUCACUAGUUAAGUGUCCAUGGAUUCAACCAACCUCAUACCAAAAUGAAAAAGAAAUUGUGUUUUUACUGAACAUGUUCAGGCUCCCUGCCCUUAUCAUUAUUCUCUAAAAAUACAGUAUAACAGUCAUUUAUGUAGCAUUUACAUUAYAUUAGGUAUUAUAGGUAAUCCAGAGAUUAUUUUAAAUAUACCAAAAGAUGUAUGCAAAAGUUUAUAUGCAA